UGUUUCAAAUCUUCGCUCAGUCGCAACCCUAAGAACCUCCUGAAAAAGCAAGAGAAAAAAGACAAGUUCCGGCUACGCUCUCCUCCUCCGCCGCUGCAGAAGUUUCCGUUCCCACAAGGAAAAACUCUCUGCAGCCGCGGCCAGAUUUCUCUCCAGUUUUCAGACCCCGAAAAAACAAAAACAAAGCAAUGGCUCGCUCCUUCUCCAACCUCAAGACUCUCUCUGCCUUCAUCGCCAGGAGGGGAUACGCUGCAGCGUCGCCGAGCGUUGGUUCCAGCAGCGUGAGAAGCGGAGCUCCGAAUGUGAUGUUGAAAACAGCGUCCGAGGAUCCGUCCAAGACUGCAUGGGUGCCCGACCCAGUGACUGGGUACUACCGCCCUGAGAAUCAGGUCAAGGAACUCGACCCGGUUGAGAUGCGGGAGAUGCUCAUCAAGAACAAAACCUGCAGAGGACAAUGAACAAAACCACCCAAUCACAAAAUGGUCGACCCGUUAAUCCAAAUCUGAAUCCAUUGUUAGAUGCUCGUCUUUAAGCUAUAUAUGAGUAGGGUGCAAAAACUGGAGGAACAUUCUUCCAAUAGGAACUCUAGAAAUCCGCAAUUCGCAUUGUUGAUGUUGCCACCGUACCGUACUAUGUCAGGCGUGGCCUGGGGUGGUAGCAGAAGUAUUUUCGUUUAUAUAUGCCUUUAAUAAAAUAGAAAUUUAGUAAAAUUUAUUGA